AUGCCUCCGAUUGCGAGCAGUAGCGCUCGCAAUCCUGCGGUGUGGACGAGUCGAACGUGGCUAGGGGCGCAGCGCCCCCGGCGGGUUGGAUCCUUCGGGCUUCCGCCCGUGUCGCCUCUGAUGCCGAUGGCCACGGCGAGCGUCCUGCCCCUCACCACGUACGGAUACGCCGCGGUGAUCGGAAUCUCAUGCGGAUCGUGGCUCACCUUCUUCUGGCUCGGGCCGCCGCCGCCACGCAGGUGCGCGUUUGGCACGCUCAACCAGCUGUGCCUGCUCCCCGCCAUCUUCCUGGUCGCGUGGCUGAGCGCGGGCCGCUCGAUGGGCGGGUGGGAGCGGCGGCUCGCGGCGCAGAGCGACGCCGCCGCGCUCAAGCUGCGUCUGGAGCGGAUGGCGGCCGAGUCGUGCGGCGCGGCCGAGCGGAUAGCGCACGGUGGGCGCGAGACGGCGGAGCGGCUGGUGGCGGAGGGGCGGCACUUAGCCCUCGAGGGGCGCGAAAAGGCGGAGCGCUUCGUCGCAGAGGGGCGCGCCUCGGGGGGGAGGCUGGCGGCGGAGGGGUCGCGGCUGGCGGCGGAGGUGCGGGACCAGGGCCUCGACGCGGCCGAGCGGCUCGCGGCCAGCGUAGGCGCGCACUUGGCGGCGGCGGGGUUCAGCGCGGCGGAGCGGGCGGAGUUCAAGGCGGCCGAGGCGGAGGGCGGCGUGGGCUCGCCCCUCAAGCGGCCGGUGCUGACGGCGGUGUCGGAGGUGUCCUUCUGCACCGUCUUCGCCGCCUUUAUGAUUUGCGACCUCCUCUUCGUGCCCGCCUCCGCCCUGCUCGUCGCGCACCACGCCGCCUGCCUCGCGGGCUUCAUCAUCAUGCGCACGAAGGCUUCGCUCGAGAUCCCGUGA